CGGAUCUGACUGUUGCUGCUGUGGCUGUUCUAGUCCAUGGUCUUGAUGAUGAUGAUGAUGGCGACUGGGCCAGAGGAGCUGGAGGCCCGGGAGAACCUGUCACUCUGGGAUCGGAGGACUGAUCCCUUAGCCCCGCUCACAGAGAAGCAGACAGACUCCGUGCUGGAGAUCAAGGCAGCAGUGGAGGACCUGCCAGUGCCUGGAGAGCUUCCGAUUGAAGAUUUAUGCAGCCUGACCUGCGGAUCUUUCGCGGGAGCUUUAUCUUCAGCGGUUCCUGACUCUACAGAAGACGUCCUCCUGCAAGGAUUUUCUAUGCUGGGCAUGGAGGAUGACCGAAUCGAGACGGCACAGCAAUUUUUUUCAUGGUUUGCUCAGCUACAAACCCAGAUGGAUCAAGAUGAAGAUGCAAAGUACAGUGAAAUGAGGGACUAUUUGUCCGGAUUCCAGGAGCAGUGUGAUGCCAUAUUAAAUGAUGUGAAUAUUGCCUUGCAGCAUUUGGAGUCUCUUCAGAAGCAAUAUCUUUUUGUAUCUACUAAAACAGGGACGUUACAUGAAGCCUGUGAGCAACUUCUCAAGGAACAGUCAGAACUGGUUGACCUCGCUGAAAAUAUCCAACAGAAGCUUUCCUAUUUUAAUGAACUAGAAAAUAUAAAUACCAAACUGAAUUCCCCAACAUUAUCGGUGAAUAGUGAAGGAUUUAUACCUAUGUUAUCUAAACUGGAUGACUGCAUUUUUUAUAUAUCAUCUCAUCCAAGUUAUAAAGAUUACCCUGUGUACCUGACGAAGUUUAAGCAAUGCCUGUCUAAAGCAAUGCUCCUUAUGAAGACGUACACUGUGAACACAUUGCAGAACCUCACCAACCAGCUCUUGAAAAGGCAUGAUUCAUCAAAUGUUCCAAAUACAGACAAUGCUUUCACUCUGUUUUAUGUUAAGUUUCGAGCAGCAGCUCCCAAGGUUAGGACGUUAAUAGAGCAAAUGGAGCAGCGUUCAGAGAAGAUACCUGAAUACCAGCAGCUGCUGGCUGAAAUACAUCAAUGCUACCUGGACCAGAGGGAACAUUUAUUGAGUCCGAGCAUCAUGACUACAAUAACUGAUCUAACCAGCCAAAACAACAGGGAUCAUUGUGCUCUGGUACGCAGUGGCUGUGCGUUCAUGGUCCACGUGUGUCAGGAUGAACACCAGCUUUACAAUGAGUUUUUCACCAAACCGACACCAAAAUUGGAUGAACUAUUGGGGAAGCUUGGCCUUUCUUUGUAUGAUGUUCUAAGGCCGCUGAUUAUUCACGUCGUCCAUUUAGAAACAUUGUCUGAGCUUUGUGGCAUACUGAAAAUUGAGAUGCUGGAAGACCAUGUACAGAACAACGUGGAACAUCUUGGUGCCUUUGCUGCCGUGCUGAAGCAGAUGCUAGAAGAUGUACAGGAGAGACUUGUGUACCGGACACACAUAUACAUACAGACAGAUAUUUUGGGCUAUAAACCGGCUCCAGGGGACCUUGCAUAUCCUGAAAAACUAGAAAUGAUGGAGCAAAUUGCAGAGAGUCUCAGAGAAGAACAAAGGAAACUGCAUUCUGCAGAAGUUUCUUUUUCAGAUGUCCAGCUUGGAGACCCAGAGUCCAAUAACCUUAUAAAAAGUGGCUCUUCUGAAUCUUUAAGCCUAAGGGCUGAGAAUACCAUUUCACCCGCGGAUCUGCAUGGGAUGUGGUACCCAACAGUGAAAAGGACACUGGUGUGCCUUUCCAAGCUAUACAGGUGCAUUGAUAAAGCCGUGUUCCAAGGCUUGUCUCAGGAGGCCCUGUCAGCCUGUAUUCAGUCAUUGUUGGGAGCAUCUGAUGCCAUCUCCAAAAAUAAGACCCAGGUUGAUGGACAGCUGUUCCUCAUCAAACAUCUCCUGAUCCUUCGUGAACAAAUAGCUCCCUUUCACACUGAAUUCACCAUUAAGGAAAUUUCCCUGGACCUCAAAAGAACAAGAGAUGCAGCAUUUAAAAUUCUUCACCCUAAGACUGUUCCUAGAUUCUUCAGGCUCAACAGCAACAAUGCCAUUCUUGAGUUCCUGCUGGAGGGAACCCCUGAAAUAAAGGAGCAUUACAUUGACUCUAAAAAAGACGUAGACCGUCACCUCAAGGCAGCCUGUGAGCAGUUUAUUCAGCAGCAGAGCAAGAUUUUUGUGGAACCAUUAGAAGAUUUCAUGGCAAAAGUGACUGCAUUGAAAACUAUGGCUAGUCAAGGAGGUCCAAAGUACAAUCUGUCACAACAACCUUGGGCACAGCCAGUAAAGAUUAACGACCUGGUGUCUUGCACUUAUAAGAACAUGAAAACUAAGUUGCCGCGGACUCUACGGAGUAUGUCACUGUACCUGGCCAGCAAAGACACAGAGUUCAUCCUGUUCAAGCCCGUUAGAAAUAACAUUCAGCAAGUUUUCCAAAAGCUCCUGUUGAUGCUGAAGGAAGAAUUUGAUGGUGAAGACUUGCAGAUUAUUGCCUGCCCCUCAAUGGAACAGGUGAAUUUGUUGCUGUCGUUGUCUAAAUAGACAAAGAAUCCUGAAACAUUCUCUCUGCUCUCUGCCUGCCUGAAAAUGAACCAGGGCUAAAGGACAGACGGACCGUUCCACAGCCAGGGGC